UCUUGCCUACAUAAAGCCUUGCAGCAUUCCUCUUUCCCUCAUUGGUCUCACUCUUCUUUCAUUGGGUACUCUCUCUCUCUCAUUCUCUAACCUCCAUUGGGUAUCUCUGUCUCUCUUUCUCAUUCUUUAACCUCCAUUGGGAAUGGCGUCCUCUUUUUACAUCCUUCUAUGCCUCUCUACCUUGCUUUUCCCCUCCCUUAUCAUGGCUGCUCCACCAAGAAAGCCAGUAGAUGUUCCCUUCUCCACAAACUAUGUUCCUACAUGGGCCUUUGAUCACAUCAACUACAUCAAUGGUGGCUCUGAAGUUCAUCUCAAGUUAGAUAACUACACAGGCACUGGCUUUCAAUCCAAGGGCUCAUAUUUAUUUGGCCACUUCAGCAUGAGAAUAAAAAUGGUCCCAGGAGAUUCAGCUGGAACAGUUACCGCAUUCUAUCUUUCAUCACAGAACUCAGAGCAUGAUGAGAUAGAUUUUGAGUUCCUGGGAAACAGGACAAACCAACCUUACAUAGUACAGACAAAUGUAUUUACUGGAGGGAAAGGAAACAGAGAGCAGAGGAUUUAUCUGUGGUUUGAUCCAACUAAAGACUAUCAUUCAUACUCAGUGCUGUGGAACAUGUAUCAGAUAGCUUUCUUUGUAGAUGAUGUCCCUAUCAGAGUAUUCAAAAAUAGCAAGGACUUGGGGGUGAGAUUUCCCUUCAAUCAGCCCAUGAAGAUCUAUUCCAGCCUUUGGAAUGCUGAUGACUGGGCCACCCGAGGUGGGCUUGAGAAGACUGACUGGAGCAAGGCCCCCUUUGUGGCCUCUUACAAAGGCUUCCAUAUCGACGGUUGUGAGGCCUCCGUCAUGGCGACCUAUUGUGAGACCCAAGGCAAGCGUUGGUGGGACCAGAAAGAAUUCCAAGACCUGGAUGCUCUACAGUACAGGAGGUUGCAGUGGGUCCGACAGAAAUACACCAUUUACAACUAUUGUACGGACAGAUCAAGGUUCCCUACCAUGGCAGCCGAAUGCAAGAGGGACAGGGAUGUCUAAAAGCCUAUGUGGUGGCCCACUUUCUUUUGCUAUCCUUUCAUGAAGGAGGCUAUUCGUGGGCACAUGUGCCAACAUGAAGUACAUCUGUUAGAUCCUGACCAUUCAUCAGGUGUAGCCCACCGUGGACAUGCUCUGGGCGAAAAAUCAACCUGGCCCACAUCAGAUGGGAUGCACAUGUGAGAGGAAAAAGGGACGGUUAGGAAAAGAAAAGACAAGAGUCUAAAUUUUACCACACGUGUGGGCACGUUGGAUCGUUUCGAUUUUUACCUAGGUUGUGUUGCUGGUGGGCCCGAUCUGAUUAGUGUCCAGGAUUUUUCACACAUGUGCCACGUUGGCGUGUGUGCCGAAAAUUGCCGCCUUUAUAUUUCCUCGUUGCAUUGGAGUAUUGUUGGGUUUAUUGGUUUAUUUUUCAUGUAUUAUGUCUUAAUAUUAGAUGGUUUUAUUGUUUCCAAUCUCGGAGACAGCUA